CACGUAGAGAGCGUCGGGUCGAAGCUGGCUCACACCUAUAGCACCGGGCACAGUAACGUUAUGCAGAGCAGGUGGUCAUGGCCUGGAAGUCGAGGACUCGUAGUCUGCAGGUGUUUGACACGGAGUUGAGUGCGGACACGGUGGAGUGGUGUCCGCUCUCCGCCACACAUGACAUCCUGGCCUGCGGUACCUACCAGCUCCAGAAAGGGACAGGAGAAGAGGAUGGAACCCCAAGCAGGACCGGUCGUUUGUACCUUUUUGAAUUUCGCCGGGAGGGAUCAUUGAGCCCGCCUCUCACUGAGCUGCAGCGCAUAGACACGGCCGCCAUUCUAGAUUUGAAAUGGUGCCAUGUACCCGUGUCGGGGAAGGCUGUGCUGGGAAUGGCAGCAGCCACGGGGGAGCUGCAGCUGUACACUCUGUCAGACAGUCAGGAAGGCGGCCGCAGUCUGCAGCCUCUGAGCAGUCUGGAGGUGGGAGCGGAGCGGCUGGCUCUGUCGUUGGAUUGGUCCACUGGAAGACUGGACAGCAGUGACAUGAGGGUGGUGUGCAGCGACUCGGCGGGCUGCAUCAACGUGCUGUCUCUGGCUGAAGGCGCUCUGACCGCUCUGACACAAUGGAAGGCACACGACUUUGAAGCCUGGAUCUCAGCCUUCUCCUACUGGGACACACAGCUGGUUUACUCUGGUGGAGAUGACUGUAAACUCAAAGGCUGGGAUCUCAGGGUCGGACCCUCCAGUCCCACUUUUAUCAGUAAAAGGCACUCGAUGGGUGUGUGCAGUAUUCACAGCAACCCACAUCGGGAACACAUCGUGGCCACAGGCAGCUACGAUGAGCAGGUGUUGCUGUGGGACGGCAGGAACAUGCGGCAGCCUCUCAGUGAGAGUCCCAUGGGUGGAGGUGUGUGGAGGCUGAAGUGGCAUCCGACCCAUCCACACCUGCUGCUGGCAGCCUGCAUGCACAAUGACUUCCAUAUACUUCACUGUCAGCAAGCCCUAGAUGGCGCUGGAGGAGCUUGUCCACUUGUAGCCUCCUACAUCCUCCACAACUCCCUGGCGUACGGAGCCGACUGGUCCCGGCUGUCCCUGGAGGUACCGGCCGCCUGCUCCCCUUCUGCCGCCGAACCAAAGGAAAGCCUCGUAGAGGGGGGAGGACACUUGAGGAUCCAGUACGAAUCCCCCACCGCCAGCUUCGAUACGUCACUGGAGGACGACGCCGGACGAUACAUCCCAGAGGGCAUUGCACCACCCGCUACCAGCUCUACCGCAGCCCCUGCCCUCAACCCAGACGGCGACGCACCUUCUAUGUCCUGCCUGCUGGCCAGCUGCUCGUUCUAUGACCACAUGCUCCAUGUGUGGCGGUGGGACUGGACUCCAGAUGAGGCUGGACAUGAAACUGAGUCAUGUUGACCAGGCUGGACCACCAGCCCAGUUGACUCUAUUGAAAUAUCUUCAGAAUGUACAGCCCAGACAUAACACAGGCAUGACAUGCUGUUAUGUUACGUUAUGCUGACGAUGUUAUGCUGUUACUCACCAUCUUUUAUGAGGAUAUGUCCCCAACACUUUGGAAAAAUGUAAUCACACAAUAUGCAAUUUAGCAAAACCCUAUAUUUUCAUAAAGAAAACACAGAUUUUUUUUUUAUGAACUUGUAUUUGAGCGAGUGUUUAUAUAUUGUGUAGCUGUAGUGUACCACCCAACAUACUUUCUAUUUAUUACAGCUUUUUUUUAAAAAGCACUUUGUAAUUAUAUUAAGGAAAGUUGCUCACAACAGCACAUUGCUUGACAGUUUUAAACAAUAGCCAAUCAACAAGCAGCAGUUUUAACACAUGACUGGUUCCCACUACAGUGUUUGCUAAUACGUCCAACAAGUUUAUUGAUCCUCAAAGGGAACUUCUCUCCAUUUUAACCUAUUUGCUCUUCUAGGGACUUGGACUGUGUAUGAAAUCACUCCCUAUUUACUAUAUAGACAUUAAAUUUACCCUCCACUGUUUUAUGACUUUUAUGUCUGAAUGCUGAGUGUAUAAAUAUAUCCACUAUAUAGAGCCUUCAAAUAUUCCCCCAAAAAAGUAGUGUCAAUAGUAUGUACCCUACUUUUCUGCUAACAAUCUGUAUGACUCUACAUCUGACAAUGAUGA